AUGAAACACCAAGAGAUAAGCAUCUCAGUUGAAAAGUGGUCAUCAGCUGGAAUUCAAACUCGUCAUAAUAUAGCCUCUAUAAGAGGCAUGACGCCUAGAAGCAAGGGGGGGCGAGGAGGCAGCCGUGAGGUUGUAGAUACAAAAAUAAAAGAGAAGGCUUCAAAGAGAAAUAAAAAAGUCUGCAAGGCCACAAAGGCAGAGGAGGAGAGCCGAAAGGCUGGAGAUAAAAAAAAGACAGAAGCGAUCAAAGAUGCAUCUGCAAUAAGGCUUCUCUCUUUAGGUCAUACAAAUCCAUGGGUGAGUAACCCCGAAAUCAUUUGGAUGCAAAUUUAUGGGAUACAAUACCAACCUAAAAACAAAUAUGGGUAUUUCACAACUUGCAAUACCAAGCUAUGCAAGCAAGGGUUCACGAGAAUUAAAUCAAUUGACGGUCAAGAAGGCUCAAUAAAAUGCCUACAGCAUUCGGGUUUAUUGCCUCAAUUUUCAAAUGCAAGACGGCUACCAAACAUGCCCACAAAAUCCCAACAAGAAAUAUGGGAAUCAAUCACUAGGGCAAAGAAGCUAUUUAGAAAGGAGUGUCAAGUGACUCAACCAUGCUGUGAAGGUGACUCCAGUCCAAAUACAUGA